CCCCCACCCAGCAAGGAACAAAUCCAGAUACAAACAUUUAGCAUGGGAGGCUGUUGCUCAAAGGACUUGGACGAUAAGCGCUCCUGGAGUCCCGAGGAGACCAAAAAUGGCAGCACCACAUCGACCAUCAUUGCCCAGCCGCUGGACGAGGUGGGCAGCACCGGUGUCUUCACGUUAACCCGCACCACCACCAGCACCACGCGACAGGAGAAGACGGUGACCACCACCAACGACGAGCAGGAGGAGUAGCCGCCACCUCGCCCGCAACACGUUCCAUUAUUUAAUAUAAACCUUUUUUUACACUUCUGUUGAAUCGAUUUCAAUGCCAUGUGUGUUUGCUCGGUGUGUGAGUGAGUGUGUGAAUACUGGAAUGUACAUACGGACAAUGUGAAUACGAAUAUGAAUAUGAAUCAAGUUAAGCUGUUAACGAGUAAUUAUUAAUUGUUAUGCGCCUGAAUUCCAAUUUCGUAAUAAAUUGUUGAAUCGCUAAA